UGAGUAUGUUUAUGUUUCAAACGUGUGGUAGUAGAUAGCGGUACAUAUAUAAGCAGUUGAACACUGUACAAUACAUUAGGAGUUGAAUUUCUAUUGUAGAUUGUAUUGUAAUACAGAAUAUAUUGUUACACAAUGUCUGUUGCAACGAAAGGUAUCUUUAUUGUAGCUGCAAAACGUACCCCAUUUGGUACAAUGGGUGGUGUAUUUUCCAAUAAAAGCGCAACUGAUCUAUCAGUUGUUGCUGCCAAAUCUGCUUUGCAAUCUGCAAAGCUAAAUCCUGAUAAAAUAGAUAGUGUUGUUUUUGGGCAUGUAUUAGCUGUAUCAUCUGCUGAUGGAGGAUUUUUAGCACGUCAUGUUGCAUUGAAGUCUGGUAUACCUUUAGAAAAACCAGCAUUUUCUGUAAAUAGAUUAUGUGGUUCUGGAUUUCAGUCAAUUGUUAAUGGUGCACAGGAUAUUUUAACAGGGCAAUCUAAGAUAGUUUUAACAGGAGGAACAGACAAUAUGAGUCAAAUUCCCUUUGUUGUAAGAAAUGUUCGGUUUGGUACAACUCUAGGGCAAAAAUAUGAGUUUGAGGAUGCUUUAUGGCUUGGACUAUUUGAUACUUAUUGCAAUUUACCUAUGGGUAUAACUGCAGAAAAGCUUGGAGCUCAAUAUAACUUAAACAGACAAGAGGUAGAUGAAUUUGCUUUAAGAAGUCAGCAAUUAUGGAAAGCUGCCAAUGAUGCUGGUCGUUUUAAGGAGGAACUUGCACCUGUUACAAUCACUGUGAAAAAGCAAAAUGUUGUCGUUAGUACUGAUGAACAUCCACGACCUCAAACAACUUCUCAAAGUUUAGCCGCAUUACCUCCUGUUUUUCAGAAAGAUGGUUUAGUUACAGCAGGAUCUGCAUCUGGUGUUUGCGAUGGUGCAGGAGCAAUUAUUUUAGCUAGCGAAGAGGCUGUUAAGACAGAGCAACUUACACCAUUAGCACGUUUGAUAGGAUACAGCAUUGUAGGUGUAGAACCCAGUAUUAUGGGAAUUGGUCCAGCUCCGGCUAUCAAACAACUUCUUAAAGUUACUGAUAAAAAUUUGAAUGAUGUUGAACUUGUUGAGAUUAAUGAAGCAUUUGGAGCUCAAACAUUGGCAUGUGCUAGAGAGUUAGAUCUAGAUAUUAAUAAAUUAAAUGUGGAUGGUGGAGCUAUUGCUCUUGGACAUCCAUUAGCUGCAUCUGGUAGUAGAAUUACUGCACAUUUAAUACAUGAAUUAAGGAGACGAAAAAGUGGAAAAUUAGGAAUUGGUUCUGCUUGCAUUGGUGGAGGUCAAGGAAUAGCUGUGAUGGUAGAAGCAUUAUAAUCAUAUUACACAUUAUAUAGUUAUAAAUGGUGAUAUGAAACACGGAUUACGAUUAUCGAGACAUAUAUAUAUAUAUUAUAAAAUGUAUGUUUAUGCAUAUAUUUAUUUUUUAUAUUUUAUAUACAUUACAAAGUUAUUGAAAGAUCGUUGAAUCUAUAUUUUUAUACUAAUAUUGAUCGCAUGGUUAGAAGAAUUUCAUAUUUAAAAUUCUACCAUGUUUACUAAUGUCUGAAUAAACAUUUAAAAUAUUU